CUGGUAAAAAGAGUGGACGCCAGCGCAGCGCUCGCGUGACCAACGCCCGCGCAGCUGCGCCCUCGCAACUCUACCUUCAUCACUGCGCACGCCGACGAGCGCUACGCCGCCGCCGCGCGCGCCACGUCGAGCACACAGCACUGCAGAGCAGAGGUUACGCCAAAAUAAAUGGCCUCGUACCGCUUCCGACGACGAAUAGCGACGCUCUUCCUCGGCGCCGCAGCGGCCCUAGCGCCGGCGCGACCGCCGCGCGCCGCCAUUUCACGAAGCGCCGCCGUCGCCGAGCUCCCCGUACAACAACCAGCAAAAACGGACGAGGGCCCCAUCGCCGUCCUCUUGCUGAACUUGGGCGGCCCCGAAACGAGUGACGACGUCGAGCCCUUCCUCUACAACCUCUUCGCGGACCCCGACAUUAUUAGAUUGCCCCCUGCUCUAGCCGGUUUACAGACGGCCAUCGCGUGGCUCGUGGCAAAAAGGCGAGCCCCGAAAUCGCGGGCGGCCUACGAUUCGAUCGGCGGCGGCUCGCCCAUUCUGGAAUAUACCACUCAACAAGCUAGGUUACUUGAGAACAGACUCGGCCCGGACUACAAGUGCUACGUCGCGAUGCGCUACUGGCACCCGUUCACCGACGACGCGGUCCAAAAGGCCGUGGCCGACGGCUGCACGUCGGCCGUCGUGCUGCCCCUGUACCCGCACUUUUCGAUCUCUACUACCGGUACGGAGCGGCGUCCUUUUUCCGCCUUCGAUGCAACGGCCGUACGACCGCGGGAGGGACGCUGGGCCUCUGUAGAUCCCAACGGGUCGCGUCGAUGGCGUACGGCGUCAGCCGGUUCGCGCCCGGCCCGCCGUUGCGGGUUCUUCGAUGUCCGGUGGGGCGUGUCGUGACCUGGAGCCCCCAUCGACGUCGCGCCGACGGCGUUGGGGCGCCGGCGCGCCGUCGCCGCGACCACCGCGCGCGUCGCAUCGAUAGAGAGACCUUCACACAAUCACGCCGCGCCGAUGCCUCGACGCCGUCGCCGCGAGGCGCGUCGGAGCGAGUCGUACCGCGUCGACGCCGUCGAGACGCAACCGCGCCGCAGGCUCCUCCCUAAGAGCAUUACUAGCGGAGAUGCAGGCCAAAGCGCCCGCACUCAUGCAGCGCCACACGGUCGUCCCGAGCUGGCAGGGGAGCCCCGGCUACGUCGACGUCGUUGCGAAACUCGUCGCCGAGCAGCUCGACUCCCUCGACGACAUUUCAGACACGACCACGGUCCUCUUCAGCGCCCACGGCGUCCCCGUCUCCUACGUGGAAGAAGCGGGAGACCCCUACAAGCGCCACAUCGAAGAAACCGUAGCCAAGGUCACGGAAAACGUGAAAAGACGGCGACCAGCGACGACGGCGACCUUCGAGCUCUCCUUCCAAUCGAGGGUCGGUCCCGUGAAGUGGCUCGAGCCCUACACGGAUACUAAAUUAGAAGAAAUCGGUCAGAGAGGUUGUGACUCCGUGGUGGUCGUGCCGAUCUCGUUCGUGAGCGAACACAUCGAGACGCUGGAAGAGCUGGAUAUUGAAUACAGGGAAGUCGCGGAAGAAGCGGGCGUCAAACACUGGCGGCGCGUGCCGGCUCUGAAUCUGGACGAGGACUUCAUCAGCGAGCUCGCGACGCAAGUGCGAGGCGCUCUCGCGAAACCCGUCGUGAACAGCGUCGACGCUUGUAUUUUGAAUUCGUUUGAUCUCACGGAGACGCCCGUCGGCAUGCUUCCCGGUGUGGAUGAACCGGUCGAGUUCGUGAACGGGCGGACGAUGACGGUGGCCAUUACGCUCACAAUCCUCUUCGAGCUUCUUGCCGAUAGAGCGUCGGUCGUCGGGCUGCUGGGGCUGCCGGUAUAAGUUAUAGUUAUGAGUCGCGGCGAUGGCGUGCUGGAGAGGUAGUGU